AUGUCGACUUUUCCAUUUAACAUCUUUGAACUUUCAAUCGUCUACUGCUACGCUUGCGGGUCACAAGUUAUGGCUACGCGUGACAAGCGUGUUUUCUCGGAGAAGGAAGAAUGGAAGAAGGCAAACAAGAAGGUGAUCUAUUGCCGGGCUGUAGAGCUUGACGAGAUGUCUUUCAAGAAGAAUUGUGCAGAUUGGGCGUACUUCUUUCGUCUCAUUAUAUGGAAUCCGCUGAACGGUCAAUGUCAGCUUUCUGGAAUUGCUGAAUUCACCAAGGCAAUGAAACCCUUCUUGCUUGUACCCUGGGAUAGAGACAGCAUUGCCCGAGUCAGUUUGGCUCCAGAUUUGGAAGGCAUGGAGGAAAGGCCUGGCCUUAUCGGUUACCCUUUGCACUCACGUUGCUGGAACUUGAUUCAGCGAGUCAUCGGUUCCGAUCCAGAGCAGCAUCUGGGACUCUUUAGGCUGAACUAUGCUGAUAAGUUGCCUCCUUCCAGACCCCGUGAAAAUACCCGCUGUCAGAACGCUGAUCAAAAAGAGUAUAUGGAGACGAAAGCACCAAAUACGGCCAAGAUACUCCUGUCCGCUCAUCCAAUGUUUUCUGUCACGUCUACCUUUGGAUAUACAGUACAUCAUUCUAGAUCUACUGGACUAUAA